AUGACAGAGUUUGAAAUUAUUACCAAUGAUCAGGGUAAUCAUACGACGCUUUCAUAUGUCACUUUCACUGAAACGGAACGUCUUAUUGGAAAUGCUGCUAAAAAUCAAGCUAGCAUGAACCCUCAGAAUACAGUAUUUAACACUAAACGUCUCAUUAGUCAUAGCUAUAACGAUCAUGACAUUAGAACCGAUAUGGAGCAUUGGCCAUUUAAAGUUAUCGAAAAAAAUGAAAGGCCAUAUAUUCAAGUAGAAUAUAAAGGCGAAAAGAAGGAUUUCACAUCCGUAGAGAUUUCUUCGAUAAUAUUAAUAAAAAUGAAGGAAACCGCAGAAUCUUUUCUCAAUACGAAAGUUAAAGUUUUACGAAUAAUUAAUGAGGCAACUGCAGCAGCCAUUGCUUAUAGUUUGGAUAAGAAAGAUGAUGGAGAACGAAACGUCCUCAUCUAUGAUCUAGGUGGUAGUUCUUUUGAUGUUUCUCUUCUAACUAUUGAAGAAGGAAUUUUCGAAGUAAAAUCUGUUGCUAAAUUUGAACGUAAAUUUAAAAAGAACCUUUCAACAAAUGCACGAUCUCUACAACUAUUGAGAACUGCUUAUAAACAUGCUAAACGUAACCUUUCAUCAUCAUUAAGAUAUUAUAUUAAAAUAGAUUUCCUCUUCGAGGGUAUAAAUUUUUAUUUUGACUUAACACGAGCCAAAUUUGAAAAAUUGAAUCAAGACUUAUUUCGAAAUACGAUGGUACCUAUUGAAAAGGUACUACGAGAUUCUAAGAUUGACAAAAGUCAAAUUCAUGAGAUUGUCCUAGUUGGUGGUUCUACACGCAUUCCAAAGAUUCAACAAAUGGUAUCCGAAUUUUUUGAUGCCAUAGCAUAUGGUGCAGCCGUUCAAGCUUCAGUUUUAGCUCGUGAAAUUUCCGAAAAAACUCAUAGUUUCCUUUUACUAGAUGUUACUGCUUUAUCACUUGGUAUCGAAACUGCAGGUAGUUUUAUGAAAAUUUUAUUAAGCGUAAUACUAGAUUACUUGUCAAAAAAUCUGAAACCAUUUCCACAAAUUCUGUCAAUCAACGACUUACGUAUAAAAGUUUUUGAAGGUGAACAUUUACAAACAAUAGAUAAUAACUUUCUUGGAAAAUUUAGACUAACUGAAAUUCAACCGGCACCAAAUGAUAUUCCACAAAUUGAGUGA